UUCGGCUCUGCAGUGAGCAGUACUUGAGAAGCUAUGACUAACUUUCCCCCGAAAUCUGUCUCCCCACCCCCAUUGCUCAAUACUUCAUUUCCCAUCAUGCUCAGUUAAAAAGCUUUUUUUCCCCCUUCUUUUUGCAGAAAGCACUGAAAUCAGAUGCUGGUGAGCUGCUUCACCUCAGCGAUGGAUGUGUGUUGAUCUGUUGGUAUUUUGAGUCACUGAGCCUCAAUAAACAAACGGACUCUUUUACGCAUGUGAUUCACUAUGCCGCAUCGCAAGAAGGAGUACGGGAUUGAACGAGCGAGCGGAUCCCUGGUCCACUUCAGAGCGCCCGUGAGUGCGACCACGGUUCGCCGACACUCCGCCGUCGUUCCUUCGGUGCUGACGUUCGCCGUGAUCGUGGCAUCCGGAGGCCUGUUGCUCAUGAUAGAGAAGGGAAUGCUGAACAGCGUGCAGACUCCGCCGCCACGCGCCAACGGGAGGAAAGUGGAAUACCGACUGAGGAAUAGCGACGCGGCUGUGGACGUGGAGUCUCAGAUUGUACAAGAGAUCCGCAAUCGCACCAUAAGAUCGAUGUGCGGUCAGAAGAACAUGCCUCACAGCGUGUGGUCUCUCAGCCCACUGCAGAGGAAGACUCUCCUUCAGCACAUACUAGUGAACGACGAGCAUCGCUUUCUAUAUUGCUACGUCCCCAAAGUGGCCUGUUCCAACUGGAAACGAGUAAUGAAGGUACUGAGCGGCGCUCUAGCCAACGUUGACGUCAAAGUGAAGAUGGACCAUCGUGCUGACUUGGUCUUUCUGUCGGACUUUCCGCCUGAAGAGAUACGGCAUCGACUACGGCAUUAUUUUAAAUUCAUGUUCGUGCGAGAGCCAAUGGCACGCUUGCUUUCAGCCUACCGCAACAAGUUUGGCGAAAUUGAGGCGUAUCAACGAAAAUACGGUGCGGAGAUCAUACGCCGCUAUAGAAAAGGGUACGCAAAGGAUAAAAAAAUAGCAGGGAAUGACGUGACGUUCACAGAGUUUGUGCAUUAUUUGCUGGACGAAGACCCGGAGCGCAUGAACGAACAUUGGAUGCCCAUUUACAACCUGUGUCAACCCUGUGCCAUAGAGUAUGACUUCAUAGGCUCGUACGAAAAGCUGGAAAGUGACGCCUCUUACAUUCUGGAACGUGUCGGAGCACCGCAACACGUACGUUUCCCCGAACGCCAGACGUGGUACAAACCCGUCACCAAAGAAACGCUGCAUUAUUACUUAUGCACAGUGCCACAGAAGUUUCUCAAAGAGCUCCUGCCCAAGUAUAUUUUGGACUUCUCUCUGUUUGGAUAUCCUUUACCCAACACAACCACUGAGUACUGUAGGCAUUAACAAAGGGUACUAGCUUUGUGAGACUGUCUAUAAUCUUUCAAUAUGUUAAUAUUGUAAUACUUUUUUAAGAUAGAUUUUUUUUGUAUCUGUACAGAAUUGAAAAUAUAUUUGAAUAUAAGCCUCAGUACAGUGUAUUUGAGAGCUAUUUAACAUGUUCGAACCACUAUUUAAAACUGGAAAUACCCGAUCAGCUAUUUUUAUUAAUGAGAUGAAAUAGGAAAUGAAAGAACAUUGUGCUGUGCGCAAGACUAUCGUGAGAGUUUUAUUUUAGUAAGCACAAGCUUCCGCCAUUUUUUCAGUUGUCUUUGCAGUAUUAACGACUCCAGUGUUUUCUUUUUGAUUAUGUACAUAAUCAUUAUCUCUGCUGUCACCCUUAUGAUGUUGCUGAGUAAUUCUUUGACAAAAUGAAAUGUGAAGCUCGGAGAGAGAAAAUGAGUCUCUGAAUAGCUUUUGAGGUCAUUCCUAUUUGUAUCUAAUGAAUUGUGUUGAGAGUGUUGAGUUUGAUACGACCAAAACAAAUAUUUCUGACCACAAACUUGAACCCUUCCCAUCUGCCACUUCCUCUGAAAAGAUGAGACUCUGAGCUGAAUCCCUUAAGAGAUUGAGGAAUGCAGUUUCACAUCCAAAAAGCAGAAGUGCUGUACAAUGAGGAAAUAAAAAAAAAAUCUUUGAAAACCACAAGCUGGAUUUCUUUGGGUAAUUUUUCUGAGCUAAAUAUUUAUAUUAAAGAACUAAGCCAGUAACCAGCUAAUGGUGUUUUAAAUCCCACAGGCAAAACGAGAGAAAAUGUAGGGAUACUGCUGGGUUAAAAACAACCCAAGUUGGGUUAUUUGGCAACCCAGCCGUGGGUAAAUAUUGGCCAGAAGAACGCAUGCUUGGUUAUUUUGACCCAGCUGGUUGGGCUAAAUGUUUUUACCCAACAUGCUGGGUUGUUUUAUUUAUGACAACUAUUGUUUUAAAGUUAUAUUGCUGCCUUAAAAAUCACACAGAGUUACAGAGGCAACAGCAACACUCAGAAGAUGAACAUUUAUUAAGCAAGAACACCCAUGGACAACAAUUUAAGACAAACUGAGUAUAUUUGGGUGAAUAUACAGCGUAGUUUACAAUAUUGCAUACCAUUAAACCUGUUUAACAAUCAUUUUAGAAAUAAAAAUGUAUUCAACCGUUCUCUGUAGACUAAUCACUUUUCACCAAAAUAGUGCUAAUUCUCGUGCCGGUGUGUCGCCAAAAUCUGAGCCGGUGAUGGGCUGCUGUUUGCCGGGGAAACUGUGAACUUCAGACUGCUGCCUUGCGUUUCUCUCGUACCUGAAAGAUGCCUUGACUAGUGAUGGGAGAAUGGAACCUUUACGAAGCUUCGAAUCAAAUGAUUCACUGUUUCGAAACGCCACACGCUAGUGGCGCCUUCUGGUCAAAAGUGUGUAAAUGCAAAAAAACUCAGGCUAUAACAUCGAUUAAAAACAGCUUUUAAAAACCGUUUGCAAAUGUUUUAUUUAAAGUGUACAUUA